CCCAAGUAUCACGCAUGCGCACAGUGCACAGAAGGCCUUGCAAAUACCGGGUGCAGGUUAAAAACGAGAAGGAAUUUGUCGCUGGGAAUCUCAAAAACGACACGCCAGUUUUGCUGUCACUGUCUAGAUAUUUAAGAAGUGGAGCAAGGGAUUCACUCGAUCAUUCUUCCUGCUCAGACUGUGGAAUGGAUUCACUCGGUCAACUGACCAACCGGCAUACCCAUCAUUUUACACAAGAGAAAGGCCGUUCACCUUCUCAGACAGUGGGAAUGGAUUCACUCGGUCAUCUUAAUUGAAGGUACAUCAGCAAGUUCACACUGGGCAAGGCCACUCACCUGUUCUGUGUGUGGUUCACUCAGUUUUCCCACCUGUGGACACACCAGUCAUUUCACACCAGGCAGAGGCGGGUCAUCUGCUGAAUUUCUGGGAAAGGAUUCACUCAGUCAUCUGACGUAAUGGCUCACCAGCGAGUUCACACCAGGGAGCGGCCGUACAACUGCUCAGUCUGGGGGAAGAGAUUCACUCACUUAUGCAACCUACAGAAUCAUCAGCGAGUUCACUCUAGGGAGAAGCCAUUCACCUGCUCAGACUGUGGGAAGGGAUUUACUCAGUCAUCCAGCCUACUGAGUCAUCAGCGAAUUCACACUGGGGAGAGGCCCUUCACCUGCUCAGAAUGUGGGAAGGGGUUCAGUCAGUCAUCCCAACUACAGAGUCAUCUGCGAUUUCACACUGGGGAGAGGCCGUUCACCUGCUCAGAAUGUGGGAAGGGAUUCAGUCAGUCAUCCCACCUGCAGAGACAUCAGCGAGGUCACACUGGGGACAAGCCGUUCACCUGCGCAGUCUGUGGGAAGGGAUUCAUUGAUUCAUCCACCCGGCAGAAACAUCAGUGAGUUCACACUGGGGAGAAGACGUUCACCUGCUCAGAAUGUGGGAAGGGAUUCACGGAUUCAUCCUGCCUACUGGUACAUCAGCGAGUUCACACUGGGGAGAAGCCGUUCACCUGCUCAGUCUGUGGGAAAGGAUUCACACAG